AUGUCGAAGAGUUUCCAACUCACAAACUAUGACGACUUCUUUUCGGAGAAUAACUUCUACUCAGCAUCCAACCAUACUAGUUCGAACCAUAUCAAAAAUCUCAGAAACUCGGUGCAGAUACCCCACUCCAUCAGUACAAGGAGUCUAAAGAAUGGGCUAGACGAGACGCCUAGAGGCAAGAGGUUCUCCCAGGGAGACAAGAAGGCGAGAAAAUCGAGCCCGAAUUCGGGCUCGAGCUCCACCAGCAGGACGUCGAUGAUCAAGUCCUCGCCGUCGUUGAAGGCUCUAGAAAGUGUUCUCAAUGAACGAAGCCUACACUUUGAGAAUCCCGGGUUGAUUCUCGAAGAGGCAGACGAAGACGAGGAGGAAAAGAAAAAGGAAAGCGAGGAAGAAGAAGAAGAAGAAGAAGAAGAACAAGAGCAAGAAGAUGAAGGGAUGUUUGACUCGACCGAGUUUUUUCAUUCGACAAGAUCGCAACCAGAGUUGACCGACAAUACUACACCGUUUGAAAAGAAAAACACCACCAACGAGACGUUGGCGUCGGGACAGAGCUUUGAAACCGCGAAUGAGUUUGUGAAUGAAAAUGCAAAAAUGUCAAAACCACCACCAGCGGCAGCAGCAGCAGGUUCACAUUCGGGCAAGACACAUCAGCACACAAAGUCCUCGGUGUCAACUAUCAGCGGGAGUGGCUAUACAACAGACGAAACCCCAGUGUUGGAACAGCCUUUCACUUUCCAAAACUACACGCGCAGUUUCGACUCUCCGCUGUUGGUGCUUGUAGAAACAGGAGCCACGCAGUUUCCGUCAGAUAAAUCUAGAGAAGAAAACACUCUAAUCAACGACUCGACAGUGUCGUAUCCCGAUACCAAUGCCAACAACUCGGGUAGAAAGUACUCGAAUGAUCAGUUGUUGGAGCACAUACUGUCGAAACAGAAGAUGAGUGAAUCUGAUGUCAAGAGCUUCAUUAAGAACAAUAGCAGCGCAAACAGGAAAAAAAAAAUUAACAAUAAUAAUAAAAUUAAUUUGGACAAUACAAGGGAGAACAUGCACAAGGAGGAAAAUCCCCGAGCUACAACCACGAAUCUAAAUUACGAUUUUGACACGGAAAAGUUAUUAUUCAGCUCCGACUAUACGAGCCCAAGUCAUAUUGAUGAUCCCUGGCAAACGCAAACCAAUUUUGUCAACGAGGGUUUAGGUGUGCAAAGCUCUAAAUUUGCUAGCGACCCAACAAAUUCAACUCCAACUCCAACUCCAACUACAACUACAACUGCCAAUACCAAUACCAAUACCAAUACAAAUACAAAUACAAACACGGGCAACAACAGCCUCAAGGCUAAAAACAGAUCACUGUUAAAGCCACUAUUGGAAAGGGAGGUCUCUCAAACAAAAAAGUCAAGAAGAAGCGGCUAUUUGGAUAAAAAGCCCUUGCCGUUGAUUGCACCACAGAGCCCUUCAAAACAACUUGAACCAAAGGAGCAAGCGCCAGUACCAGCACCAGUAUCAGUACCAUAUUUAUCCUACCCCGAGACAAAAAGUUCUACUAUACCACAACAAAAUUCACCAAGGAGCCCACCGAGGAUGUGGUCAUCGAAAACCAACAAUGACACUCUUGAACAAUCGCCAACAAUUGACCCGAGAAGCCGCAAUAAAAGGUCAAACUCGUCUUUUUCCUUUAAUCUCAGCAAGAACGCAACCAAGGACACCUUAGAUGACUCGAAACCACAAGAUCAUUUGCGCAAGAGAAGUGCAACGUUGAGCGAUGUCAACAAAAUAGCGACCCAGAAUGCAGUUCAACCGGAGAAGGAAAAAAAGAAAUUAUUCAGUUUUAGGUCAUUAUUCAAGUCGAAAUCAAGAGACCAUUCUUUAAACGCCGCUGGAGCAACAGGUGCUUCUGCGGACAACGAGACUCAGGCUAGUCAAGCAACCUCCAAAUCAAACUCAGCUACCCUUGGUAAGAAUGAGCAAGUUCCUACCUUGACGAAAACCAAGUCAAACUCGUCGAUUAUGAAUGCCUGGCGCAAGCGCAGUUCGCCGGAACAGAAUACAAAUCUGGAUAAGGCAGGAGACAAAAUAGUAGACGCAAAGGAACCGCUAGCAGCAAACAACGGGUGUCAACUAGAUCAACGAACUGACUUUUUCUCGCAGCCGAGAACUACCAGCAGCGACUCAAAGCCCAGGCCGGGCUCUAUUGACUUUAUCCGGGAAGUCAGUGAACAAAGCCUUGGCCCCAAGAAGAAUCCAAACUCAAAAGGCAGCAUGAAACUGAAGCAGGGUAAGAAUCAGGAGGAAAAAGAGGAGGAAGAGGAGCAUUACGACGAUGCAGAGUCGUUAUCUUUUAAUGGAAAUAACGGUGACGACAGCUUUCUUUACGACUCCAAGAAUAUUAGCGAGAACCCGCCCAUUCAAAGAGACUCGGGAGGCAAGUACAGAGAGGAACUUCUGUUGAUGCCGCCCUUGUUUGAUUCUAACCAGUUUGGCUCUCCAUUCAGAGUCACUUACCAAAGUUCGCCUGAUUUGAAAAGACAACGCCAGCCCGAUGCAAACUCCAUAAGCUCAUCAAAUACUCGCAAGACGAGGCCACUGUCGUCGGCGUCAUUAUCUCCCAUCCCCAACGGACACCCAAGUACUAGAGACAAGAGCCUGCAAUUACUAGGAGAAACGUUAUUUCCAAGGUCCUUGGACGCGCACGAAGUAGAGAGUAUAAUAUCUUUGGAAAAGUCUCGGUCGAUCAGGUCGGUCAGGUCCAAUAAGCGGAGUUCGUUUAUCAAUUACGAUGGGAGCGACGAUAACAUUGUUCAAUACCAUGGACCAGCGGCUUUACCCCCAGCUAGUGGCGUUGUCAGGACAAGCUCGAUUUUGAGAAACUCAACUAGUGUGAGAAGCAAUCUAGAUGGCGAAGUUUCUGAAGUGAAUUUGAUCGACGCCAACGUUUUGAACCCCAGUCCAUUACCAAAACCUUUUGGCACACCUGCUGAACCGGUUGGCCACGAUUCAAUCAAUUACGAGGAUUUUAUCGAAUUCCGAGAUUACCUUGACGUUGACAAUUUAAAGUUUAAUUAUUCUCCACAAGCUGUUGGCAGCCCCGUUAGUGUGAAACGUGAGGUUGAACUUCCAACUCGUAACAUGAGAGAGUUGCUUCUGGAAGUGGCUCACGGUGCUGAAGAUAUUGGUGAACCACCAAUCAUAGUAUUGGAGGCGUAUAAUCACGAAAACAGUGCCAAUAGGCAUUCCAUCCCCGAGGAUGCCACAAUCGAUGCAAAACAGCUUGGUCGUGAUGAUAAUGAUGAUGAUGAUGAUGCCGUUGUCGAUGCUCCCUCCAUAACCGUCGAUGAAACACCACAGCCUCAACUACCUUUACAGUCGGUGCCGUUCCCCAAUAGCUCAUUCAGCCAUGCAACUGCCGUUCCGAUUGUCAUUGAUUCGUCUACGCCGUCACCUUCCCCGCUCUCGAUGAGCCAAACGGAGUCUCCAAAGACCAGUGUCGAGGUUGAGAACAAGCAUGAAGAUAAGGAAGACAAGGAAGACGAGGACAAUGAUGAGGAUAAUGACGGAGAUGAGGAUGAGGACGAGGAUGAGGUUCACGACACAGAGGAAACCGCGCCUGCAAUUGAUGAAGAAGAAUCCGGCGACGAUUCUUUCCAAUUUGAGACGCGGGAAAAGGCUGACAAAGUUGGUGGGAUUGAAAUGGAGCAGACAAAGGCAUCACGCAUUUUACAAACUGCACUCAAGUCGAAUGAGUUCAAGUCGAAGUUCAGUAAUCGCCCAAUGUCAAUGUCUUUCAAGGGAUUGAACCCGUCAAAGUUGAACAGCAAGUUUAGUGGACACAAUAUGCGAAGCGGUGGAUCGCAUCAAUCACUAACGGUAUCUUUUACGGACGAUUCAUCAUCCGUAGGAGCUGGUUUUGGCACAUCGGAUGGAGAAGACGAGGACGAGGAGGAGGACGAAGAGGAAGAGGAGAAUGAAAACGAUUAUGCUGAUGAGGAAGCGCUACUCGAGGAGUACGAAAAGGAAAACAUGGUUCCAAAUAUGAAAAUGACGAGCGAUGUAUCUGCAGAACUGCCCUCAUUGCAGACGCCUCCAACCAAAUCUAUGGCUAGAUUCGGCAGGGAAAGCUCGCUGGUUAACUACUCGCCACCGCAACAGCCACAACCUCCUUUUGGCCAGAGAUUUGUGCACAACAAAAUCCCUUCGAUAUCCGAUCAAUCGUCUACAAGUUCAUCUCCCAGGUCAUUCACGUCAAUCUUGAAUAAGUGGAAGAAAAGCAACUACAAUACGCAGCAGCUACCCAGACCACCCCCGCCUCCACCGACUAAGCAAUCUGGAGUCAGGUUCAGCUCAAGAAUCAUUCUUUACGACACUUAUAACGGGGAAGAAUAUGAUCGUCACCCAGAUACAGCCACAUGUAACCAAUUGACGCCGCUCUUGGCGCAGCAGAUUAAGGAAGAGAUGAAUUUGAUCAAGCUGGAAAUGGAAGUUCAUGUUGAUAGUAGAUGUUAUACACAGUUCUUUUAA